UUUCAGCUGCAUGCUGCAGCCACAUUCAUGCAACAGCUGUUCCCGUCCCUCCGUUCGUCCCCCUUCAUCUCCCUUCUCUUUCUCUCGUGUGAUUAUGCGUAUCCAUGGUCGGCCGAGGGUGCAGUAGGUUGUCCGAGUCGGUGAGCAUGCCGGUAGAUCUAACUCUCCAGUGUGGUUUAACUUUAAACAUUAACCUCUCUGUGAUAUGUUGCCUCUGGACUACCGGAUCGAGACGGGCCAUGAGACUUAUCAUACAGGCGCAUGGAGAAACCCGCCAGCCAUGUCUCCAUGGAAGCCUAUAUCAUUCCCAAUAUGCAUUGCUGUACACCGCCAGCAUGUUGCGUUCGACAAUGGAGCCUCCACUGAUAGAUCCCUCCCGUUAUCAGGUUCUGGGUCCCGGGCCUAUUGUAAUUCGCGGAAUCCCACUCUCAAUCCACUGCGCGAUAUCGUGUUGCCAGCUCGGUGAGCCAGCCUUGUCUACCGUUGGCUCCGGUCGAUUGGCUUUGUUUCAUGCACGGUAUGGUUGCCAUGGCGUUUCCAUAUGGGUCUUUUAAAAUACGAGUACAAACCGAUUCUCGCAUCCGUUUGUACAUUGGUGCCAUGCAAGGCACUUUCCACCCGCACCCACGGCAGAUACAUGUCAUAUCAUCUGGGCAGAGGCAAGAGGCACUACAAGAUAGACACAAUGGUUCUAAUUCUAUGUACAACAAAAAAGUCUAUCGGAGCCCCUAGGGCCCGACCAGGUAACGGGGGGGAGAAAGGCGGCAGAGGGAAGAAAAGAGAGAAGAAAAAGAAAAGAAAAGCAAAAAGUCCCGUAAUCUAUUGGAGUCAAAACUCCGUCGUUAAGACCCUUGCACCCCCGGCU